CCCAGGGCUGCAGCCGCUCCGGAGGAGGCGUGAAUCGCGCAGGAAUAUUGACUAAUUUGGGUGGGGUGGGGGGACGGUGGGCGAUGGAGCAACCCGAGGACAUGGCGUCGCUCAGCGAGUUCGACUCCUUGGCGGGCAGCAUCCCGGCUACCAAGGUGGAGAUCACGGUGUCAUGCAGGAACCUCUUGGACAAAGACAUGUUUUCCAAGUCUGACCCACUGUGUGUCAUGUACACUCAAGGGAUGGAGAACAAGCAAUGGCGAGAGUUCGGACGCACCGAGGUCAUAGAUAACACGCUCAACCCGGACUUCGUGCGCAAGUUCAUUGUGGAUUACUUCUUUGAGGAGAAGCAGAACCUCCGCUUUGAUCUCUACGAUGUUGACUCCAAGAGCCCGGAUCUAUCUAAACACGACUUCCUGGGCCAGGCCUUCUGUACCCUUGGAGAAAUUGUAGGGUCCUCUGGGAGCCGUCUGGAGAAGCCUCUCACGAUAGGAACAUUCAGCCUCAACUCCCGGACAGGCAAGCCUAUGCCCGCCGUGUCUAACGGAAGUGGUCUUUGGAUGGAAAGCUCCAGAACCACUGGUCCGGAAGCUUCCGGUGGUGUCCCAGGGAAGAAAUGUGGUACCAUCAUCCUGUCUGCAGAGGAACUGAGCAACUGCAGGGAUGUGGCCACAAUGCAGUUCUGUGCCAACAAGCUGGAUAAGAAAGAUUUCUUCGGGAAAUCUGACCCCUUCUUGGUGUUCUACAGGAGCAAUGAAGACGGAACGUUCACCAUCUGUCACAAGACGGAGGUCAUGAAGAACACCCUCAACCCGGUGUGGCAAACCUUCUCCAUCCCCGUGAGGGCUCUGUGCAACGGAGACUAUGACAGGACCAUCAAGGUGGAGGUGUAUGACUGGGAUCGUGACGGCAGCCAUGACUUCAUUGGGGAGUUCACCACCAGCUACCGGGAGCUGGCACGUGGCCAGAGUCAGUUCAACAUCUAUGAGGUGAUAAAUCCAAAAAAGAAAAUGAAGAAAAAGAAAUACGUGAAUUCUGGCACGGUCACCCUGCUUUCCUUUGCGGUAGAGUCAGAGAGUACCUUCCUGGAUUACAUCAAAGGAGGGACGCAGAUCAACUUCACCGUGGCCAUUGACUUCACUGCCUCUAAUGGGAAUCCCUCACAGUCCACGUCCCUCCACUACAUGAGUCCCUACCAGCUGAACGCCUACGCGCUGGCGCUGACCGCCGUCGGAGAGAUCAUUCAGCAUUAUGACAGUGACAAGAUGUUCCCUGCCCUGGGCUUCGGGGCCAAGCUGCCCCCCGACGGCAGGGUGUCCCAUGAGUUUCCCCUGAAUGGCAACCAGGAGAACCCCUCCUGCUGUGGCAUCGAUGGCAUCCUGGAGGCCUACCACAGCAGCCUGCGCACCGUGCAGCUUUACGGCCCCACUAACUUUGCUCCUGUUGUCACUCACGUAGCCAGGAACGCCGCAGCUGUGCAGGAUGGCUCCCAGUAUUCUGUGCUGCUCAUCAUCACUGAUGGUGUCAUCUCGGACAUGGCACAGACCAAGGAGGCAAUUGUAAAUGCUGCCAAACUCCCUAUGUCGAUCAUCAUUGUUGGCGUGGGCCAGGCCGAGUUCGAUGCCAUGGUGGAGCUGGACGGUGAUGACGUGCGGAUCUCCUCCAGGGGGAAGCUGGCUGAGCGAGACAUUGUCCAGUUUGUGCCCUUCAGGGACUAUGUGGACCGCACCGGCAACCACGUACUGAGCAUGGCCCGCCUGGCCCGGGAUGUUCUGGCUGAGAUUCCGGACCAACUGGUGUCCUACAUGAAGGCACAGGGCAUCCGCCCACGCCCGCCACCUGCUGCACCCGCUCAGUCACCCCCACAGUCCCCAGCCCACUCACCUCCUGGAUCCCCCGUGCACACGCAUAUCUGAAGCUGAGAGGACCAAGGGCCUGGAGGGUAGACUGACACCCUAUUCUCCUCCUGGUCGGUUUCCCAGACUCUGCUUGGAGGGCCAGCGGGAAAUGGGGUGUCAGGGCCUCACCCCACUUCACACCCAAAUCCAGGGGACUGUGGUAUAGAAGACAAGGGGUACACAGAUUCUGGGGCUGAGGGGACCCCCCUAGUCCAUGCCGGACAACUCCAAGACUUUCUUAUUCUUGCAACCCAGCUGGGCCUCUUCCAGCUCCUGUCUCCUCCUACCCUAGUGUCUAGUGUCCCCAGUCCCAUGAGAUCCCCUGUCCUGUUUCCAGGGAACCCCAGACUGGUAGACUACCAGGGAUGCAUGUGACCCUCUUAGGGACUCCAUAUGUGAGCAGAUAGAGCCCCUUUCCUGAUCCUCAAAGGCUCAGUGGUAUGCUAGAAUGUUCUAGAAUGGUCACUGGAGCUAUCACAGGUAGCUUGUAGCACUGAGAUGUCUCCUGCUCAACUUGGGGGCCACUCACCUGCAGGGCACAGGGUUAGCCCCCACACUCCAACUUGCUCCUGCUCUCUGCCCUUCAGUGGCUAGGGGACAAGAGACAGGGAUCCCUGAAUGCCAACCUGUCCCUAGCCACAUCCAGCAGGAACCCACCCAGCCCACCCUCUGCUCUCUGGGCCUCAGUGUCCACACCUCCGCAAUGACAGGAUUUGUCAGGUGGUCCAGCGUUUCCUGAGCCAUCCUGAGGGUACAUCCAUUCCACACACAGCCUCCCCACACCUUCCUCAUGGCCACCAUUCACACCCAGGCCAGCUAGACUCUGGGGUCAUCCUGUCGCAUCCUGUCACCCCCAUGCCUCAGCCCUUCAAAGCUCCUGUCCCUGCGGUGGGAAGUUAGCAAAGGGCUUUUCACCUAAGGUCACCCCAAUGGCCACCGUCCUUUGUCCACUGGGGCAGGUCUUGCAUGUGUCCCUUAUGCCGCAUGGGGUCUCCACCUGGCAUCUCCCAUCCCACCUGCCUGUCCCGCAUGGUGAUAGUGAUGUUUUGACUGUCUGGUCCUGUGCCUGUCUGAGACUGUCUCUGUGGAACUUGCCUUAAAUUGAAGUAAACCAGUUCUUUUAGUAGAUAGACCCCCCCUCUCCUUUGAAAACAGCUUUGCUGUUUGCCUAGCAUCUAUCUCUCUGCUGCCUUGGUUCUUCCGUCCGGCCAUGUUCCUGUCAGACUCUGUAAGAGGCAUGGGGGGGGGGGUGCAUGGCGAGGAUUGAAACCCACCACCCACAAACAUAUGUAAGCAGAGUCUGUGAGCCAUCAGGGACUGUGAUGGAGGCAUGGUUGCCUAGAGCCCCUUCCCGGUCCUCAGAGGCUCAGUGGUAUGCUAGAAUGUUCUAGAUGUGGAUCUCUAGCCUCACUAGAGCUGUCACGAGUAGCUUGUGACAUUGAGAGGUCUCCUGCUCAACUCGGAAGCCACUCACCUGCCGGGCACAUGACCAGAGCCUGGACGCCAACAUGAGAGACAGUGAGCACACACACACACUCAGGUCUAUAGUCUGGCUUCAGACAGUGUUAAGAGGCAGGAGCAAGGGGAGAGAAUGAGAGCAGACUCCAGUAGAGAGAUGUUUGAGACGAGCAGGGGUGUUGAGGGGAGCCCAAGAGAAAUGAGCAGGGAGCCAUGCUGAUGCCAGGGUGAAGAGGACUCUGGUAGUUUGGGAUAAGUUUGUGCCAGGUAGGAGCCUAGUGUGUUUGACGGGAGGCAAGCACGCGGGUGUGAUAGGAGCUAACCAAGGAAGAGAAUGCAGGCGAUGGGGUCAGGGUGGAGGCCAAAAUGCACAGGGCCUUGUGGUUCAUGGCAAGGCAUCUGACGUUUGCUCUAGAGGGUUGUAGCCAUUAAGGAAGUAAGAGAGACGAGCACGUGACCCAAACCUCCCCAACACAUGGAUCGCUAUCACCGUGGAUCAUGGUUUCUUCAUCUCUCAACAAACAUCUACUGAGAAUCCAUUCCAGGCCUGUGCAGAGGUCAGAGGCACUUGGCUCAGUCCCCAGUGUCUCCCUCUGGGCUAAAUCAGCCACCACAAAGUAGCAAUGCCAGCCAGCUUGAAGGGAUGGGAGUGGUGGCACUAAGAGACACUCUGGCCCAUACCGGAUGACCCCCCACCCGGGGUGUGGCCACCAUAGUGUCAGGUGGGGUACAUGUGUGCACAGAUGGUGACAUUGGCAGGCUCUGUGGGUGGACCACGCAGGACUUAUGUGACUUCAGGGACACGGUAAGCAUCUUCCGUGGUCCCUUUCUACAGGUCAGGGCCUUCACCAAUGUGGAGCAUGGGAGCAAGGACAUACGCGCAUGCGCACAGCACAUACUGCGCACGCUGUCCCAUCAGCCCUCUAGGCAGCCAUUCUGAGGCUGUACCCAAGAGGAAUUCGGUACCAAUUACCCUCCAGCUCGGGGCUUGUUUACUUCUGAUGACUUCAUGGUAAAUUAGAGCUGACUCACGAUUGUCUCUAUAAUCAGAUGCUCUGCGA